UCGGGGGCACAGCUCAGCUGAACCUCCCUUACUGCAGGGGAUGUGCAGCACGAAUGUCCUGGGUCAUGCAGCAGAGCCCCACGCCCAGCCUGUGCUGCAGAGCUGCACGCUGCUGAUGGAGGAGAGCUGCUGUGCUGCUGGCUUGUGCAGGACGGAAGGCAUUGGUGCUGAUACAAGAGGGAUGUGCUGGGGUGGGGUGCGUGGCGGUGAGUGCAGGGUGAGUGCGAUGGAGAGCAGCAGCAGUGCUGGGGCUCCCUUCCAACAUUACCCAUUCUGUGAUUCGAUCAUCUGUGAGUUUGGGAGGGAGGAAAACAGGCUGGUGGCAAUGCUGAGAUACUGAAGGGAGAAUCCCAGUGGAGUGCAGGCUAUGGGAGUGCGGUGCUCUGUGACCCAUGUUGUGAUACAGCUUGGCAGUGUGGCAAUUUGGGCCCUGCUGAAGCCAUGGGACUUUUUUGUGCCAUUCCAACCAGGCUUGCUAGAAGAGCAUUUUCUGUCCCCAGUGACGGGUCAUUUCUGUGCUAGAUGUCAUCACCACCACCCCUUGAGGUUGCUGUGGUCAGAUUGGCUAACUGGAAUUUCAGCAGGUUGGAGAAAAUGCUAAUCAGCAUGCCAUGGUCUGACUGCACCAUCUGUGCUCACUGAGCUCUCAGCUCUGCAUGGUGCAGAGGCAGAUGUUCACCAUGAGGAUGAGCGAGGAUGGCUGUGCUGUGGUGCAACCAACCCUGGGCAGGGUUCCCCAUGGCUCUCCUCACUGGAGCUCCUUUUUAGACACAGAGGUUUCAACCCAUGGUUUGUUGUCCUGAGGCGCAGCUUCCCUCUGCCAACAGAGGUGUUUGAAAGAAUGGGGACAAGUAGAGGUCAUUCCCAAGUGGACGCUGAUGGCAGACACAGAACUGUCAGAGUGACAGCAGCCAUGGGCACCGUGGCCAGCCAAUCCAGUUGAUUUAAUGCCCAGAAGAGAUCCCACAUUUGAAAAGGGACAUUACACUCAGUCAUGCUUGUGCAGUGUAGAGAGGCAAAUAUUCCCAUUUUGUACCCUCUGCCAAGUGACGUGCCUGAUUUAUUGGUGGAAAGACAUCUCACUCGGCUAAUUUGUUUGCUUAUCCUUACUAAAUGAUGCCUGGGGAAGCCAUACCUUCCAAGUACCUUCCAAGUCCAUUUCAGUAUCCAGAUUAAUCACCAGAAAUACACAGAUUGCAAAUGGGCUAAGAGCCCUCUUUGAUGCAUAAUGUUAUGAAGAAACAGACUGGGAAUUCCUCAGGUACCAUCAUUUUCACUUGUAAGUAAAUAUAUGGUUUAUUUUCAGGGCUUCCAGGAAAACAGGGGCAUCUCUGCCCCCACGGCUCCCCAGAAGCAUGCUUUGCAUCGCCAUCACACGCUCCUUGGUGCAGGCUGCGGGCUCUGGGCAGGCAGUUGCAAUUGCUGCACAUCCUGCUCCUCCUUUUGCAUAAAAGGUGAUCAAAAUGCGAUGUGAGCUUUGCUCCUGGGGCUGCAUCUUGCUGGGAAUUAAUGCAGGUUUGUGGUCACAAGCAGUAACUCUUGGUGUGGGAGGGUAACUCACUGUGCUGGCUGAUGUGUGCCUGCUGGUACUGUGGAGGGACCCAGCACACCCGUACAGCCAACUGGCCUAAGAAAGCCUUAAAAAGACUGUUAGGGAGGUGAUGCUGUUUCUGCAGUGGUGGGAGCGAGCUCUGGUUGCUACAGCAGAAUGUGUGACCACAGCGCGGUGUUCUGGCGGCCAGGAGCUGCACAGCGCAUCAAAAACAGGAUGUGGGCGAUCACAGCUCUGCAGCGGGCUGGGGCCGGGGGGGAGGAGCACGGGCAAACUGCAGAGCCGAGGGAAUGAGCGCUGUUGUGAGCGGCGCUGCUCCGCGCAAGCGGCAGCAGAAAGCGCUGAGGGCAGCCCGAGGUGUGCGAGGAGAAUCACGGAACUGCAGACCAUCUCGAGUUGGAAGGGACCCACAAGGAGUCCAUCGAGUCCAACCCCUGGCCCCACAUAGGACCACUGAAAACCGAAACCCUAUGGCUGAGAGCGGUGUCCCAACGCUCCCUGAGCUCCGGCAGCGCUGGGCUGUGCUGCCCGCUGCCCUGAGGAGCUGUGCAGUGCCCACCGCCCUCUGGGGGAGAGCCAUAGAACCACAGCCCGGUUGGUUCGGAAGGGACCCCAGAGCCCCCCAGUCCCUCCCCUGCUGCGGGCUGGUUGUCGCCAGCAGCUCAGGGCCCAGGUGGGAUGCCUGGCCUUGGGUGGGCUUUGUGCUUGGCUCUCUCGGGCUGUACUUUCUGUAGCUGAUGUUUUUUGGGUUUUUUUUUUCCCCCCAAAGCCAUGGGAUGUGUUCUGGCUUCUACAGGGAUUAUGAUGGAAAACUAUUUUGGCUUCGAAGUUGUGUUAUCCUGCAACUGCUCUCCCCUUGCAGUCUGGAGACCUGACCCUGGAAGCCAUGGGCUUACAUGAGGUUUCUGCACCUUCCUGUCUCAGCCUCGGGUUUCUACCUGCCCCUGGUUCCGUUCUGCUCGGAGGCAGCUCUCAUUUCAGUGGCUGAUCUCCACCUGCGUUUCAGGGUCAGCUGUGCUUCUUCUGCCUUCUGUGGGUGCUUCUGCCCAGAAAAGCAAGAGGACAACAUUGUGAUGCUGCAGGAGGGAGCAGCUGAGCCCCAGGAUACAACUGAGCCCCAGGACAUGGGAGCCUGCAGGCAGGAGCUGGAGGAAGGGCAGCGGGCGCUGGGUGCAGCAGGCACAGCAGGCAGUGCUGUUGGGGAGGAUGCGGUGACCCCCACGGACAGCACCGAGCAGAGAGGGAAAGAUGCUGAGGAGGAAGAAGAGGAGGAGGAAGAGGAGGAGGAGGACACCGAGGAGGACGAGGUGCAGGUGAUAGAGGUGCCGAAGGGGAGCGGCGUGGUCCCCCAGCAGCAGGAGGGCAGCAUGGAGAUGUCCCCCCCUUGCAGCCCCACCUGCAAUGCUCCGGCAGAGAGGGCUGGGGAGCAGCUGGGGCUGGGGAAGAAGAACGACAUCUCCAGGCACAGCUACUCCCGGUACAACACCAUCUCCUACAGGAAGAUCAGGAAAGGAAACACCAAACAAAGAAUCGAUGAAUUUGAGUCCAUGAUGCACUUAUAAACCGAGGUGGGGAAUCUCUUAAUGUGCCCGAGAGCUCGCGCUGGUUCUGGUUUUGAUUGUGUUCCAAGACACGGCCUUCACACAGCACGGAUCCACCCCUGCUUCCUUUUUGUAUGUGAUUUCCCAACUACCUUCCCCUUGACAGCAGGUGGGGCAUCCAUAGGACAGGGAACGAUUGGUUUGCUGAAGGUGUAACGUUAAUUCACUUCAAGUUCACCUGUUCCUUUUCUCUCCAUUUUUCAUACCCACACUCACAUGGCAGCAUGCCCUGAGCACACUGCAGUCCUCGUGCUGCUGGGGUGGUUGGGGCCACACAGCCCAGCCUCAGUGAGCACAGCCCAACCCAGCCCCAUGCAGCUCUGGGAUCAGUCCAGUACAGCCUGCCAGCACCACAGCUGUGUUCUCCACAUGCUGCCAUUUUACACUGUGGCUGCAUUUCUUAACGUUUCUUCUCAAUUUUCAAACUAAGUUUAGAUGCAAAAUU